AGGGCUUGUUUCAACAUGUUCACUACCACUGAGCUAGGAAGAGACUGUUGGUUAUGUACCCGAACGAAACUACGUGUGUUGGAGAGAGUGGUUGUCUCUCAAACAAGUGGACCCUCCUCUCCCGCAACUGACAAGUGGACCCUCCUCCUCUCAUUUCCCCAUUCUUUUCCUUCCUCUCCCGCAACUCCUUCCUCUCUGUCGUCGUCGCCGCCGCCGCAGCUCAUCUCCUUCCUCUCUGCCACCGCCGCCACCGACCGCUGGAGAAGUGAGAUGGCUGGCUUGGAAGGUUUCGAGUUCUUCGAGAUCGUAAUUGAGAAAUCUUGCAGUAGGCAGAGGCUACCUGACAAGUUUGCGAAGAUGCUCGCCGGCCAUGAGCCCCACAAAGUGAAGCUGCGGGAGGCCGGCAGCGGGCUUCGCAGGCUGUGGGACGUGUUGGUGGUGUUCGAUGGUGAAGGCCACAUGUACCUAGGGCCCGGCUGGGAGCAGUUCGCCCGCGCCCAUGAGCUACAGCUCAGGCACUUCCUUGUCUUCCGCUACGACGGUGACGCCAUGUUCACCGUGAAGAUGUUCGACAACACCAUGUGCCGCAUGUACUACCAUCACGACGACGAUGCCAGCAAUGGGAGCAGCAGCAGGGAUGACGAGGAGCGGAGUGGGGAUGACGAGGAGCAGAGCGGGGAUGCCGAGGAGCAGCCUAUUCUGGCUAACGACGACCCUGCUAUGUUGGUUGCGGAUGACGACCUUGCUAUGGUGGUGGCUGACGACGACCCUGCUAUGGUGGUGGCGGACGACGACCCUGCUAUGGUGGUGGCUGACGAUGACCUCGCGAUUGUGGUGCCUAAUGAUGACCUCGCAAUGGUGGUGCCUGACAAUGACCUCGUGAUGGUGGUGGCGCCUGCAAUCCCACAGCUUGGCUACAGGACCAUGCCAAUUAUGGUAGAGGAGUACAUCCGCGUUGGGAUUCGCCACUCUGAGCGCAUCAAGUUGAUGAAGGAGAAGAAGGAGGAGUGAAGAUGUUAAGAAAUGAAGUGGCAAUGUUAAGCAUGUUAGGUUUAAGCUUGUUAGUGUAAUCUGAACAUGUCAAUGUUAAGUAUGUCAGGUUUAAUUUUGUGCAUGCUCAUGGAUGCUGUAUGACAGUGCCAUCUAAACAUGUCAAUUUCUUAAUUAUGAAUAUUCAGUUUGGUAA